AUGUUCAGCUCUUACACGUACCCCAAAGGUCUCACUGUCACAGAAAUGUUUUGGAAGCAAAAGGAAGACAAUCUGUGCCCCAAGGAGAAAUUUAAAUGUCAUGCAACAUCAGUACAUUCCAGUUUGUCAAUACAAGGGGUACAAGAGACUGAUGCUGGAGAGUAUCAUUUUAGGUUUGUAGUAAAAUCAGGUCUUUCCGGAAAACCAGGAGUCUUUCUCAGUAUUACAGGCCUACAGGUGAGGAUGAGUGCUGACAAUGUGUCUGAGGGUCAGAAUAUAACUCUGACCUGCAGCACCAGCUGCUCUCUCAGCUACAACCCCACAUUUGUCUGGUACAAGAACGGACACCCAGUAGCCCACAGACACGUCAGGAAAAGCAACAAGUUGUAUCUUAUCACCCUGAUCGCCACAGAUGUUGGAAAUUACUCCUGUGCUGUCGAAGGACACAAUCACCUCCCCUCCCCUCCAGUCACCCUCUACAUCAUAAAAGCAGGUUGGUUGCCAGAUGGGCUAGAGAAUCACGCGGCUCAUUAUAUCAGGGCUGCCAUCAUCAGUCUCCUGCCCAUAUCUCUGCUCUGUGGCAUUCUGUGGAUAAGGUGA